AUGGUACAACCCAAUAGUCAGGACACUCUACGCAUGCUCCUGAAGCAGGAGAAGUUGGACUUUGACAUUAUAAUUGAUGACGUCAACACACUGGUAUCCAAUCAAAUGGCUGAGAUUCUUGCGAGGCAAGACGGAGAGCAGUCCUUUGGUACACGUUUGGCCAACUUUGACUACAAUGUUUAUCAUACUUAUGAAGAGAUCCAGGAGUGGGUUGAUUACAUGGUGGAUAAAUACAGCGCGACCCUGCAGAUUUCUUCAUUCCUGCUCGGAAACUCCUACGAAGGACGAACCAUCCAAGGCAUAAAGAUUCGAGGAGCUGGAAGCCAAUCAACAAACCCACCAGCUGUCUGGUUUGAGGGUGGUAUUCACGCUCGAGAAUGGGUUUCACCAGCUACUGUCAUGGGAUUCACCCAAAAGCUUAUUGACGAAUAUGAAGAAGGGGAUCCGCUUGUCCAACGGAUGUUUGACAAUAUCGACUGGUACAUCGUCCCUUCUCUGAAUGUUGACGGGUACCAUCAUACGUGGACCCAGGACCGUAUGUGGCGCAAGACUCGAUCACCAAACUCAGCAUCGGUCUGCAAAGGAACGGACCCUAACAGAAACUGGCCCUAUGAGUGGGGAGGCGUAGGAGCUAGCAGUUCCCCGUGCUCUGAAACCUACCGCGGGUCUCAGGCUCUCUCCGAGGUCGAAGUGGCAAACGUCGUCAACUUCUUACGGGAGAGGAAGGCGGAGGGACAGGACUUCAUGGUGUUCAUUGACUGGCACAGCUACUCGCAGCUGAUCAUUGCACCGUGGUCCUACCUCGAGUCUGACGCUCGCACCGAACACUACGACGAACAGAUGGCGAUGGCUGCAGCAAUGGCCGACGCCAUUAGAGACACACAUGGAAAACGGUACGAUCAUGGAGUUGGCGCUGAAAUUCUCUAUGCAUCCUCAGGCUCGAGUAAGGACUAUGGCUACGCCACGUUUGAACUUGGGGGCGCCAUCACCAACGGGGGGCUCGGGGCCAAGUAUUCUUACACCGUGGAGCUCCGUGACACGGGCAGAUACGGGUUUACACUCCCCGAGAACCAGAUACAGCCCACCUAUGAAGAGAUACACGCUGCCGUGCGAGUUAUUGGUGACCGUGUACUCAGCGAGCUUGGCUUGUAAAAGUGCUUGGGUGUUAAACUGAACCAUAGCUUUUGAUCAAGAAAUAAAACAUCUGAUGUUAGUUAAUAUGAUUUUAUGAUUGAUUUUAUCAUUAAAGGCAGAUACACAUGGCUCUACGCAUUAUUGAUGAACGUGUACUCAACGAGCUUAUAUAACAUAGAAAAGAAAAGAAUUUUAUAAAACCGUA